UUCUCUUCUGUGUAUUAUAUUUCCUGUAGAGUUAAAGAUUUCGGUUGUUCUUGUUCUCUUAUCUUGUGAAUAACAAUUGGACGACGUGACAAACGACUUAUAAAUUGAUAAUAAAUUUCCAAGUACUUCAAUUAGAGGAUUAUAAAUAUGAAUAUAAUAAUAAAUAAUUGCAAACAAGGAAUGAAUGGAGUCUUAAAUUUAGUAAAAAAUGGUGAUACUUUUUUGAGGAGAUAUGCUACCACUAUAACCGAUUACAAAAUUACGUGGAAACGUCCUGAAAAGGUCUCAAAUUUGUCAGCUGAACAAUCUGGUGACCAGGGGUUAGAGAUUGAAGUCAAAUCAUCUGAUUUGCGCGUUAUGUACGACAAAUCACCCGAAUUAAAAGAUGCCAGCGAUAUCGUUCAAAAAAUGUUUACGUUACAAUUUUUGCCACGCAAAGAGAAAAUCCGUCUCAGAAGGGAAAAGAUUUUGGAAUUAGUGAAGAGCCAUGAACUAGAUCGGAAAUCGCCAGAAGCCAUGAUUGCCCUUAUGACUAGUCAGAUACAUCAGUUGCGAGAAAGUCUGGAAGAAAAUCCUAAGGACGUAAUAACAAAAGUUGCCUUGAAAGAAACAAUUGAAAAACGGAGGAAGUGGCUGAAGUACUUACGAAGAUGGGAUUACAGACGUUUCGAAUGGGUCCUAGAGAAGCUCAAUCUUGUGUAUAAGCAAAAGCCUGAGGAACCAUACCAGAUUACCAGGAAGGAUUCAUUGAGACGAUUGACAAAGGAUCAUUGCGAUAGACUUGUGCAAGCUAAAUUAGAUGCUUACAAGAAAGAAUUGAAAGAGUUACAAAAGGACUUUUACGCACAGAAGGUGCAAAAACUGAUAUUCAUUAGAAGCGAAGAAUUGGCCUGUGGAUUAAAACCAUCAGUGUCUGAAGAUGAUAUCGAGCGUGCUAAGCAGGAAGCAGAGGAAUGUAAAAAAAUGUAAUAUGUACGUGCACAUCAUAUACACAGUUAUGCUAAAUUAAAUCAGUCAUCGAUCACGUUACCGCGUAGUUUUUAAGUAUGCCUUCAUUCCGAAUGUGUCAAUUUUGAUAAUUGUGUAAUUAAAAUUAGAUUUCACCAAGUUAAACUAUCUUGAAGCAUGUUGGAUAGAGUUAAAUAACUUUGAAAAAUAUAAGGGCAUUAACGCUAAGA